AUGAAGUAUAACCUUCCCAAUUCUUCUGGAUCAUCAUCAUCAUUGCUUCUUAGUAUGAAUCAACAACAGAGUGAUAAGUUUGAAAGCAUUCUUUUCGCUUGGAAAUCAACAGAUGAUAUCAAUGUAUUAUUUUCGAAACGAGAAAAUAAUCUUGAUAAUGAAGAUAAUUCGUUCUCGGUAAUGGAGUUGGAUGAUGUAGAUUUUGAUGAACUCGAUAUCUCGCUACCACUAGAAGAUGAGGAAAAAUUUUUAGAGGAUCUAAAUCUUUAUCUUGAUGGUUUUUCAAAUUUAUGUAGACAAAUGCAUUCAUUGGAUUUAAUAAAACGUACAAAUGAUGUUUUAGAAGAAUUAUUAUGUGAGGAGAUUGAAUUAAAAAUUCAGAAUACAUGUAAAAGAACUUUUGAUAAACCUAUGCUUAGACGUUCUACAAAGUGGUUAUAUUCUACGGUCUAUCCUUGGCUACAAAUUAUAUUAUCCUGUAACUCUCACCUUUCACAUGGAUCUGUUGAAGAUGAAUUGGUGACUUGGUCAAAACGAUUAAAUUAUCAUUUUUGCAUGGUGUUCUGUGACUCAAGGAUUUCAGAAUUAUUCGACGUGAUUGUUGAUUUCCCGGAUUCAAAAAUUGCUAUUGAUGAUCUAAUUAUGUGUAUGAAGAGAUUAGACAAAGAUUAUAGACUUCGACUUGUUGAAUCACUCCAUAUAGCGUUUCGUAAAAGAUUGUUAAUCCCGGGAGCUGGUACAAUGGACAUAAUUAAUACAUAUAUUUCUACUAUAAAGUGCUUGAGAUUAUUAGAUCCAUCUGGUGUGCUUUUGGAAAAAAUCACGGGACCAUUUAGAAGUUAUCUAAGAACACGGGAAGAUUCUGCUAGAUAUUUAGUAAGCAAUUGGAUGGAUGAUAAAAAUGGAAAUAAUGAAUUGAUUGAAGAGUUGGGCCGUACCGAAGAACCUAUGGAUAAUCAACAGAAUGUUGAUAAUUGGUUACCGGAUCCAAUGGAUGCUGGCCCAGGUUAUAAAUCAUCAAUGUAUCGAUCUGCCGAUAUAACAAAUUUACUUGUUAGUUUAUUUGAUUCUACAGAAUUAAUUACAAAAGAAAUUCAAAAUCAAAUGGCAUCUUAUUUAUUAACUAAAACUGACUAUGACACAGAGAAGGAGCUUAUUAAACUAGAAUUAUUUAAACUUCGAUUUGGGGAAGCAAAAAUGUCUGCAACCGAGGUUAUGAUUAAAGACAUUGCCGAUUCAAAAAGGAUUGAUUCAUUUAUUCGUAGUAAUGAUAAUCCAGUUAGAAGAAAUGAUCCCGAAGAGAUGAUAUUGCACGGUAUCGUAAUAUCCAGGUUAUUCUGGCCUACUCUCAAGGAUGAUGAUUUUGGUGUACCAAAAAUAAUUGCCGAAAGAAAGUUACAAUGGUUAAAAUCACUAGGAAAGGUUCAAAUAGAAUUAGAGUUACAAGAUCGUACAUUGGAAUUUGAAGUCUCGCCUAUUUAUGCUACAAUUAUUCAGUAUUUUCAACAACAAGAUAAAUGGAAUUUAAAUGACUUGGCAGAAAAAAUCAAAAUCGAACCUUCAAUGUUGAAAAGCAAGAUGAGUUUCUGGAGUGAUCGUGGUAUUUUGAAGGAAUCAUCGAAUGAUGAAUGGAUGUUGUUAGAAACUGCCGAAGAUAAUUCUAAUAAAGGGUUCGUAUCAAAUGAAGAAAGUGGUAAUAAUAUUUUACAAUCGUUAGCAGAGCAAAAAGCCGAAGAAUUUAAAAUGUAUUGGGUUUAUAUAGAAAACAUGUUAAAAAAUCUUGGUGGCAUGACAUUAGAGAAAAUUUAUGGUGUCUUAUGUUCUGUGGCCGAACCGUCAUCUUCAUCAAAUGGUAUUGAUAAUAGUUUAGAGGAUUUAAAAAUGUUUUUAAAUCAAAUGGUUGAAGAAGAUAAGUUAGAAUUUCAAGGUGGAAUUUAUAAGUUAAAAUAA